AACGCCAACAGCUGUGUGCAACAAAAGGAGAUAUCUAAACAAGAAAAUAUGGAUUUGAAGAAGAACGAUAGAGGUGAUGAAGUUGAGCAAGAGAUUCUGAAGAAUAAGACAGACAGUUUGAUAGAGACAGAGAGGAAAAUACCAGUAGAGGAAUUUACGUCAGGCGAGACAUGCCAGGACUGGUUGAAAUAUUACAACCAACAGUAUUUCUUUGAACCCUUCCCUGGUGGUGAAGCUGUACAAGAAUUCAGAAGAUGGGAGCAGAGCGUUAGAAAACAACAACUGAGCCAAGCCCUCGUCCCUCUUAUGGAGGAGAAUGAAGACACAAAGGAUGAAGACAGCAAUGUUAAAUUAUCUGAGGUCAAGGGCGUCAUUGAAAGUGAUGAUGAAGAGCUGAAUCCGCUCUUGAAACUAAUGCUUCAACCGACAAUUAACAUCUGGGAAUAUUUCGAUGACCAGAAGCCAAUGAAGUGGUUUGAUGAGGACACCCAGAAGACUCCAACUGACGUGAGGGCAGCGGCUGGGUUCUCGGAUCCCUGGGGUGUGUCUGAGGAGUGGGACGAGGAGACAGAACCAGCACAGGAGUGCAUUGUCAAGAAAGGAAAGAGGAAAUGGUUCUCUUCCACGUCCUUGCGUAAAAGCAGGAAAGAAAAGAAGAGAGCUCCUGGCUUUUUUGCCAGAUUUUUCCACUGAAAGAUUUUCCUCCAUUGGAUUGUUUUGAAAAUAAUGUUUGAAUA